AUGGACAGUCCCGAGAUGCCACAAGGCGAGGCUCUGGAGCUGUUCAUGCCGAUUUUUUCUGGCAAUAAAGACGAUUAUGGCGGUGGGAAAGUCUCUCCUCGUCCGCUAGCGUUCGACCGCCUCAGUGAAGGAAGACACUCCGGCUCAACCUCGCGCCUGCUCACGCUACCCAUCGAGAUCCUAGGAGUGUUCUGGGCCAUAUUUCCAGCAUAUCAUUGUCUUCCCUGGCUCUACCCUGCGAGCCGAAGGCUCCUGUCAGUUCUACAAUCUGAGGGAAACGAACGCUCAGAGAACAACGGCCGCACACAGAAGCCGUCACUCGGCGCAUGUAUCCGGCGCAUAACAGUGGCAACCAACCCUUAUUGGCUUACAAAACGAUAUGGUAUCAGCUCCGAUGACUGGGGCAACGAAGACAAAGAGGUCAAAGCGGCAGUAUCAAGUGCCAACCGCGCUUAUUACCGUCAUGUGUCCGGAAUUGGCGCUGCAGCUUCGUCGACUUUGUCGUAUCUAGAGCUUCUAGAUUGGGAAGAUAAGGUGACACUUCCGAAAUCAUUCUUUUCAGCAAUCUCAGAGUCAGCGGUUCAACAUCUAAAGCUCUUCCGCACGCAAGUCAACGAUGAGUUUCAACUAGAAUACUCAAAGGGAAACGUUCUACCUAGCAUUGUCGAGCUUUCCCUCCCUACGAAACCUUCACCUUGGACACGGUAUAAGCUGGACUCGUCUAGGCUGCAGAAAAUCAUUCCCUUUGGCUCAGAAUGCGAACUACAGACUCUCGUUGUCAAUACGAGCUCCAAGUUUAUGGGCUCAUUCUUUGGCAAGCGCGGCCAAAUACUGUCUUUGAAGGCACUGAUUCUGGAAAACUUUGAGUUCGAGGAGGAAGCUUUCCCAUUUCCCGAAGCGAAUCACCACGUUUCUAGGCUAUGCCUCGUCGUAGCGCUUGCAGAGCAUACCGCAGCGCAUGUAACACGACUGAUUGCUAGUUCCUUCUCAAAUCUGACAUCCUUACGUCUGCACUGGGAAGCCAUCUCCAUUCCUAAACCCCACCUAGAGCUCAUUGUGGACGACGCCGCUAUCAAGAGACAGCUCACAGGACUGCAGCGCCUCAAAAAGCUCGCAUUCGGUCGCCACUCGUGCUUGCCUUACGGUGAUCCCGAGAUAUGGAGUUUCGUGAGGUGCUAUGCAGACGAAGUUCCUCCUUAUGGCCUUUUCCAACAGCUUCUAAGGCAACGAAUGAUAACAGAAGGCUGGGCCGACAAUUUGUCCAACGUAUCACGCAAGGAGAGGAACAAGAUCCGUGGCGUCGCCUGGGAAGAGGCUCAUCGAGGCCGCAUGAAGAACAUGGCCAAGAAAUACGUGCGUCUCUUUCCCAACCUCGAAUGGAUGUAUCUAGGGCAACUUCUCGUGGGUGUGCAAGAUCUUGGAGGUGAUGCUGGCAGGCAGGCGGAAAUACUCUCUGGAGAGCGGGAUGAGUGCUGGACAUUGCUAAGACGCAUUUUCGAGGCUACAUCAGUCUUUGAAUGA